UAACGGUUUUAAAAGAAGCAGUUAUAUCUAAAUAGAUCUAUGUUCUUGCUGGUGAUUUUGUGUUUUUCUAUUGUUGGCGCUAAUGACUUGUAAAAUCACUAUCUGAGCUGUCCGCAGUUUCGCAAGUGUGAUAAAAUUGUGAAGGAUAUAUAUUGACAUCAAGAACACAAUCAUCGCAUUACUCACCUCCCAAUGUGAAAUUUGAAACGGCAAGGUAUUGGGGUAUCAUCUAUGGUGAAACCAUCGGGAGAAACAACUUUCCACAAAAAGUUUCCCCUUUUCACCGAGUUACUGCGAGAAAGUGAAAAGACGUAUUGUCGCAAAGAGGAGAAAUGCCCCGCAACGGCACCUGUGCUUUCGGAAAGAUAUAGAAAUGACAGAAACAAUCAACAUAUCCUGACGACAUACGGCGAUCAAAACAACAUGGAAAAGGAAACAACAGAAAGUAAAUCCGGUGAAGACGUAAUGGCGCCGAUAGUUUUACAAGACCCGCCAAAAUGCAAGUUGAAACGCCAGUUAUCCAUCGACACAGUGGAAAGAUCCGAAGCACUCCGAAUUCACAAGAAAGCAGCUUCCACCCCAAUGAAAGAAUCGCCGGAAGUAAAUUUUCGUCCGCAAGAGGAGGGAGUAACACAAAAAUCAAUUGGAAAAGCAAGGAGUAAUUUUGAGUUUAAGGACGAAGUCGAUGGUUCUUCACCAAGUUGUUCAGUGAGGACAUCAAGACACAUUGACAGAAUUGACUCAGGAAUAGAUUCUGACGAGUCUGUCAGCAGAUCCCGGCGAAAUUUACGUCGUCAUAUGACGUCAGACGAUGAAGACGUCACCAGUCACUGUGCUCCAUUUACCAAAGUUCCGCACAUUUACUGUUCGCCCACAGGUGAUGAACACGCCCCCUAUGAUAAACCCCCGUUACUGAGCCCUAAUCGCUUCAACUUAGCGGACAUUGGUCUAACUUCCCCUUUUAUAAACCUAACGCCGAGAGGCGCAAAAGGGGAAGACGAAGUAUUUGUGUUCCCCGACUCUGUUGCUCACAGAAAGGUGUCGCCGUAUAAAGGCUCCUCGUGUAAAGGGGAACCCGUUGCUGAUGUUUUGGAUAGAGAAAUUUCCGAGCGAUACAGCCGCUCGACUAGGAACGCUAACAUUCAAAGUUAUGAGCGGGAAGUUGAUAGUUUGGAUAAGAACAGAAAGCGAACAGGAGAGCGCGACCGAGAACGCGACAAAUACGGGUCGUACACGGAAGUUGAGAACGAGAACAGAGGCGGAUACGUGACCCCUAAGGGUUUUGUUUGGCCUAAAACAGCGACGGUUACUGAACCGUUGCCGCUAAGUCCAAGAAUCGUGACAGCGAGUCCAAAAUCGCGCAGUUCGUCCACCACUUCCGCUUCCGCCUCGAAAUCAGCCGAGCGUGAAGAAUAUGGCGACUACGACGAUGAGAAGCUGAGGAUGAAGCUGCGCAUGCUCGAAAGAGCGCAUGCGCACGCCAAGGAAAUAUACGGAUCACCUCCCGCAACGCGAGGGUAUGAAGUCUCGGACUUGUCACCAAAGUCUCGCCAAGCUCGAGACAUCGCGGGAAGAGCCACCUUCAAAAGCAUCAGCUGUGUUGACAGAUCACCGAAUGAAAAGGAUAUCAUUGAGACAACCGAGGAGGUGCGGAAAUUCUACGAGAGGUCAAUCUCUGACCCCAGGUUCAGCCCCAGUCAGUUGAGAAGUGUCGUUCAGAAGCCUAGCCCUUUGGCUAGGGACCUGCCAAACUCAAGGGUGGGCGAGGCGAUUCCAGAAUCUGGGCAACCCGAGCGCUUCCAUAGUCCACUCAGAGAUGACGUCAGACGUAGACUUUUUAGAAAAGGCUACCCAGAUUACGAUCGGCAGACAUCAUAUCCGGACCGCCGCGGCUCUUCAUCCAGUCACGUGACCACGGACAUACCGCCGGAAGUGCUGACGUUCCUGCAGUCCCGAAACUUCCAUCCCGAGGAGCUGGAAAACCUGAAAGAUAUCUUACGGCGCGGUGGAACUCCCCCACUGUCGUCAUCUCCUACCAAGUCAUUCCCGUAUAAUAUGACGUCACAAGGUCACUACGGUGACGUCACGGAGGAAUAUAGUAACUACUGGGGACAGGGACUUCUGGCUUGCGCCGACGGCGUCGAGAGGCCACGUGGUCCGCUUCGAGAAAGACGACUGGGCGAGAUCGAUGUCCACGUGACUUGCGACAAAGUUCAGGAGAUUCUGCGAGAAUUGGACCACGAUGACAGGAACUGCAAAUGUGGCAAAAUCGAAGAAGAAAUCAAAUCAAUGGCGAUUAAUGCUUAUAGCAAGAUCCUGCGUGCAGACCGUGGUCGGGACGCGUACGAACAAUUCCAGCGAGAGAAGGCAGAGACGGACGCCAUGGUGUAUGAUUCCAUGAAGAACCUGUGCGGAAUAAAGUGUUUGUGUAAAUAUGGCCGAACGCUAGAGGACGUAUACAGCGGAAGCGUGGUGUUCCGACUUCACUGCCCCACCCUGGACGCGCUGCUGGAUCUCUGGCACACGUACCGGGUGGGCGACCUGGGCCGCCAGAUACAGGGCGCCUUCGUCACGCGCGGAUUGCUGGAUCGGCACGGCUGUGACGUCAUCGAACUGCGAGUGCAGAUUGCAUGGAAGGAUUUCGUACAGUGCAAAGAGGAGCUGGAGUUACAAGCGGAGAACGCCGCCAACCGGACGCCGACCAAACAGAUCACGGUGAUCCACGCCCGAAGUCGCUCCGAGCCAGCCUCUGUUACCAAGCAGGCCAACCAGAUCCGUAUCUCAAAGGGCCCAAUGUCUCCAUUCCGGGAGCGGAUGUGCUCCGACUCGUCAGUGGAGCUGUCCCCGCGUAGGGCCUUCCAAGAAAUUAACUCUGGCAAGUUCCCCAUCCACCCUCCACCCUCGGCGUCCCGGAAGUUCUUUCCUGAAGUGCUACUGGCCGCCACCGACGCUGACGUUGAUGACACCGGUUCCGCCAAGAGCCCGCCCGUCUCCCCGACAUCUGAACAGGAAAACGUGGAAUUGAAAGUGUGACAACAAAGAACCCUUUGUUGACUUAAAAUGGCAGACCAAAAUGUCAGUGUUUUUUUAAGAACUGGUGCCGUUUCCAGGGUGUUUAUUUAUUAUGAAUAUUCUUGGAUCUUAAUUUCAGUAAGUUAAACAUAUGUGUACGAGGGUUGAACAACGGAAAAUGCUAUUUUGUUUGGAAUCGUGUGGGACUCCUUUUUUUCUUUCUGUCCUACGUUUAGUAUAGGUUUUAUGAGUCGAUGUAUUGAUCAGCAAAACAAAACUUUAAACACAUUUGUGUUCAGUAACGUGAAAUGUGUUAAGUAUUUAAAAGGGGUUAUGAGUGAUAAAAGGGUUUCAAAAGUGAUAAGAAAUGUGUGAUUUGAAAUAUGUGAUUUGAAGGUAUGUUUUCUUAAAGUUAUUGGUCACGACCCAUUUAAAUGUAUUCGUGCAUUUGUUAGGCGUAAUUUCAAAUGUUGAUGUUUUUUUCGCAAUGAGUUGUUCACAAUUGCAUCGCUGUGUCUUAAAGUGAUAUUAUGGGCAUCUAACAGUAUAUAGGUGUCUAUCGCAGCCGUUGUUUAUUUUUGGUGUUUUCACUUCAUAUACACUUAUAUUUGUUAAUGCAGCAUCAAUAUACUAAAACAAUAUCCCGGAAAGAGAAGAAUAAACCAUUUGAAUAUCAACCAUACUUUUGUUUAGACAACUGUCGACAGAAAUGAUUCGAUGUACGGUGUGAGUCUAAAUGUAGUUUUCAUGCAGAUUCGUUCAUACGACACAAAGACACAAUUUUGUUUUACGGAUCAUUUCGGCUUUAAUAGAGGACUGGGUGAGUCAUGUAAAAUAUCGAAAAUAAUAUAUAUUUGUUUAUAAACAACUGGUAGCAAGAUGAGUUGUAGAUAAUUGGUCAGUUACCACAUUUUAACUAAUUCUUUGAACUGUUAAUUCUUUUCAGCUCAAUUCAACAGUGGAAAAUGCCCAUAAUAUCACUUUGAGAAUGCUUCUAUUGAAGAUAUACUGAAGAAUUAUUUUCUUUUUUGUCAACUCAAAAGGCGCAACGAAUAUUUGAAAGCAAUUGGAUGGGUCCGAAAUUUAGGUUGUUUGAAAAAUGGCUACAUGGUUAUUCUGUAUGUAAUACAACAUGUGCAUGCAUUAUAACUCCUCAUUAGUGUUAUAUGUUUUGUUUAUGAACAGAUUUAUGAUUUUAACUUACUGUAAGGAUUAGUUUUUGUAUUGAUGUUUUAAUCUUGUGCAUGUUUGAAGUUUAUUUCAUGUUGUGAAUUCAUCAAAUAAUUUAUUUUGCAUUGUGUGCGUUGAAUAUUUAUUUAAGUGAAACUAUCUAAGACUUGUUAAGUUUCAGUGGAAUUUAUGCAAUUUCCCAACUGUUUAUUUAUCUGGAUUGGUUUUUCUUGUAUAUACUUAUAUAUUAUAAAGGUUGGCGAUUGCAAAAAGUUUAUAGUGUCUUGAGAAAAGUUAUAUUUUUGUUAAAAUUCGUUAAUUGGUUUGCAUCGUUUGCAUUUCAGUGAUUUGAUUCGAGAAUUGUUCAGUUAAGCUGCUUACCCCUUAUACUUAUAUAUAUUUAUGCAUAUGUAUCGUUUAUGGAGCCAUUUUAUGCCACAACUCAUUUAAAAUGAUUUUCUUCUUUGAUGUAUUUUCCGUUAUUGGACAUUGAAGCGCCAUAAACAUGGUACAAUGAUUAUAAUUCCCAUCAAAGCCUCGUCAAGCGCCCCGAUGGGUGUGGAUGAGAAACGCUCAAUAUGUACCCCUCAUUGCGUUUUCAUAGCAAUCUUAAUAGUAAAAUACAUUUGAGCCAGGCUCUGAAAAAACUGGUCUUAAUACAUUUGCGUUGUCAUUCAGAUCAGCCUGUGCAUACUGCACAGGCUAAUCUUGUAUGACACUUUUCGCCUUAACUGGAUUAUCGCUAAGAAGAGACUUUCUUUAAAAGAAAAAUACCAUAAACGCAUAAAGUGUCGUUUCUGAUUAGCCUGUGCAGAGAGAACAGUCUAAUCUGGGACGACAUAAUGAAUCAUUUAAUUAAAAAGUCACGUUUUUCAAUAACCGUUUAACAAUUGUAUAUCCGCCUAACGGCUCGUCCGUCCGUUUUUUCCCGAAUCUGUCAACCUUACGUCGUUUGGUCCGCCCAUCAUGCAUUAGUUCACUGUUCGUCUGAUCGGCCACUUGAUAAUCCAUAACCUCUGAGCGGCCUUGACUUACAUUGAAUUCUAGUGGUAUUUAAAUAUAUUCUGAUAUAUGGCUGAAAAAAGUCAACCAAUAAAAUUCACCGAAUGAAGAACAUCUUUAUUGAGUUUGCCUUAAUUGUGUUUGUGCCAAGAGCAGCUGUUCGGUUCGAUUUAACCCAUAUAUGCCCAGUGGACUCUCUCAUCCUUCUAAAUUGGAUCAAUUUAUUUCCAAAUUAGGGAUGUCUAGUAUAUUUAUUUUUAUAUUUAGAAUACUUCUUACAGAAAUUCCUUUAAGCAAACAGCGCAGACCCCGAUUAUCAUGCGGCGUCUCAUCUGGGUUUACGCUGUUUGCCAAGGCCUUUUUUUCAAGGCGCUAGGCAUAAAUGGGUUUAAGUUAGUCUGCGAUCAAAUGCGGCGUCUCAUCUGGGUCUACGCUGUUUGCCAAGACCUUUUUCUAGACGCUAGGCAUAAAUGGGUUAAUUCAUUUCCAGUAAACUAAUAUCUUCCUUAUUUGUGUUGUAACCAGUUACAAAUAAUGUUCACGCCUUAUCAAUAUAAAUAAGAGAUAAGCAUCCGAAAUUAAAAUUAAAGGGUAUAUUUGAGCCGAGAUCUGUGAAAAUGGGGGUUUAAUGCAUGUGCGUAAAGUGUCGUCCAAGAUUAGCCAGUGCAGUCCGCACAGGCUAAUCAGGGACGACACUUUCCGCUUUUGUGAUAUUUGCCGUUUCAAGAAAGUGUCUUCCUAGCAAAUAUCAACUUUAGGUGGAAAGUGUCGUCCCUGAUUGGCCUGUACGGACUGUACAGGCUAAUCUGGGACGACACUUUACGCACAUGCAUUCAACCCCUUUUUUACAGAGCACGGUCUAUUUACAGACGCCGAGAUUUACAUGCAUAAUCGUGAUAAUGCAAUAUUUUUCCCACACUUGCUCAAUUUUGUUUGCUGGUACCGUCCAUUUUACCGUCAAGGGUUCUUUUUGAAAAGCGUUAUCAUAUUUACCCAUAAUCCUUCUCAAGGGUUUAAAGGGGAUCAAAUUUAAACCUUAUCUUGUACUAUCCAUUAUUUUAUCAUAUUGACUUUAAUUCUUAAGAUUUUUUGCAGGACAAAAGAGGAGGGCGUUUAAAUAUUAUUUUACCGCACAUCAUUAAUUCUUACAAACAAAGGUCACGAAUGUCUCUAUAUAACAGCGAUAUUUACGACGCGAUUGUAUUAUUUGUCAUAAUUGAAAUUUAAACUUAGUUUUUUUGAGCAGCUGCUCUUUAAAAUUUUGAGGGAAAAAAAGAUGUUUUAAUACUGUUUAAUUAACGGAAUAACGUGCAUCUUUAGACGAGGUGGUGUACUUUUACAUCAAAUUAUCAGCCUAUUUAAUCACGAUCGAAUAAAUAGCGUAGGUCUAUUAUAAACAGAUCUGUGGUUGCAAAUGAAUGUAAAUUUCUGUUUGCUGGCAAAUUUUGUAAAGAAAAGGUAAUUUGAACUAUUGCUAGAAGACUCCAUUUCAAGCGUUAACUAGUGUGUUAUCGUCAUAGUCACCCAUUCCCCUGAUCUGUCAUAUCAUCCCAGAUAAAGGACGAAACUUCUAAACAAAUUUCCAAUUUAGGCAGAAAGUGUCGUCCCUUAUUAGCCUGUGAGGAAUGCACGGGUUAAUACAAAAAGAAUUCUGAUAACAAAAAUGUUUUAUACACGGAGUGUGUUAAGUGACACUUUAAAAAGUGUUUCAAUGGUCGCACCUAUUCCACUUUGGCCAUUAAAUAUUCCGUUAUUAACCGCUCAUUUAAUUCAGAAUCCGUUGUCGUAGUGUUUGAAAUAGCAUUUGGUGUAAAUGGACGUAAAUUGAAUGCAAAAUCACGUCCAAGGUGGCAAAAGAAUAAAUGAAAAACUGAUUCGGGAACGCUCGUUAUCGGAAUAUGAUUACUCACUCGUGACAGUUUAAUGGUCUUCGUGCAAUAAACGAAUACAUUGUUAUCCCGACCGGCCCUGUCAAGGAUGAUUUAAAUAACGGAUAUGUUUUGUCAUACAUUACCUGUGUAGCUUACCUCGCUGCGGCAUAUUUAGAGUCCAUACGGCAACGAUACUUUUAUUAUUAUUAUUAUUAUUAUUAUAAUGCUCGGGGAAAAACAAAAUCGAAUAGGUACGGGUAAAAGUAAAGCUUUUUUUAAACGCAGGCCAGUUUGGGACUGCAUGCUUAAGUUGCUUAAUAUAGUUUUCCUCCAUUAAGCCUUGUUCGUACACGUAAGUUUUGUGUACUGUGGUAAAAAAGUAUUGGCGUGUUAAUUGAUUGAAUGUGUUUAAAUAUAAAAAUGCCCGAUUUAAAAG